GACAAAAAAUAAAACAAAAACAAAAAAACAGUGGCCAGUUCGUUUCUUCGCGCAAGAAAAAAAUAAUAAAUAUAAUUAAAUAAGACAAAAAUAUAUAAUAAUAGACCAACCAACACAAACAAAGACACGGGCGGCGCAAGCGAGAAAACGGGCAAGAAAGUGAAAUAAAGAAAACAAAAGUGCAAUAGAUACGGUUUUGGGAUUGUGCAAAAAAUCGAAGUAGCCUGCCAGUGCGACGACAGGUUCCGUUUCGACGUUGAGUAUAAACAAAUAGCAAUAAAAAUAACCCCAGCGCAGCAGAAUCAUAACAAAGAGGAGCACCAGCAGCAGCGUAAAAGACAAAGACAAAGGCGUCGAGGCUGCGGGGGGUUGUGCGAGUCCCCUCUUUUUUGGGGUUGGACCAGGAGAGCAGGAAUACCGACUAUGCAAUACCCCGGGAUCUAAAAGUCAAACAUAAUGCCUUGCGACAACGCCAAAACCUCGUCGGAUAUUGAGCAUGUGGACUGGAACUCCGGCCAGCACUAUGCAAAUGUCAGAUUCGGUUCCGGCAGCAGCCAAGCCUCGCAGAACAGCGGCGACAUUUGCCGCAUCUGCCACUGUGAGAGCGAUCCGCAGAAUCCACUCCUGACGCCCUGCUACUGCUCCGGAAGCCUGAAGUAUGUGCACCAGGCAUGCCUGCAGCAAUGGCUCACCGCCUCCGAGACCAACUCCUGCGAGCUCUGCAAGUUCCCCUUCAUCAUGCACACCAAGAUCAAACCCUUCAACGAGUGGCGCAGCCUUGACAUCUCCGGCAUUGAGAGACGGCGAUUGUGCUGCUCCGUGCUGUUCCACUGUGCCGCCGCUCUGUGCGUCAUCUGGUCGCUGUGUGUGCUCAUCGAGCGGGCCGCCGAUGAUGUCCAACGUGGCCUAAUAGAUUGGCCCUUUUGGACGAAGCUGGCGGUUGUCACCGUGGGUCUCACCGGCGGCAUUGUCUUUAUGUACAUCCAGUGCAAGGCCUAUUUGCAUCUCUGCCAUCGUUGGAAGGCACGCAAUAGAAUCCUUCUAAUUCAAAACGCCCCAGAGAAGAUCCAUCCAUUGGCUCCGCCUUCGCCGGUGGCCGCCCAUCACCACCACUUUAGUGAGCCGCUGGCUCAUGCGGGUUCAACCAGUGGCGGAGCAGUAGAGAUUAAUGCCAGCGGUGCGGCUGCCCACGAUGGUAAUUGUGGGGCGACUCUGGAGAACGGCGUUGGCGGAGGACUAGGCCUGCAUCAGCAACAAAUGCAACAGCAGCGACUGCUCAACUCCUCGCCACAUCACAUGCUCCAGCUGGCCGCGGAACUGGAGGUGCCGCACAGCAGCAGCAGCGCCUGCACACAGACGGAAGACGGAGGACAUAACCAUCAGCGGCACCAUAUGCAAAUGCAGAUGCAACAGGACGGACAGCAGCAACUGGGCCAGGUGGCGGUGGCCGCCAACAUUGAGUGUUCACAGUCGCAGCACAACUAUGACCGCGACUGGGCGCUCGACGACGUCGUCUCACAGAUCUCCUCAUUCCGACCCUGUCCGCAGGGUUCGGGCAGCAUGACGCCCUUCCACGACUCUAUUCACAAUGUGCUGGAGCAUUCGGAGGGUUCUAGUCGCGGCUCAGCCACGGAUCUCUGUGCCGGUUCCCGGCAAGAUCUCAGUGCCAGCGGCAUAUCCACGGACACGGGCCGCGAGCAUGCCCUCCAGCUAAGCAGCUUUAGUGGCAGUGGCGAGCACAAAGCGCCCUCGAUCAGCUCGGGAGUGUCGCAUGCGGUGGCCAAUGGACUCGGUGGUUUUGUGUACAAGCCGCACCAGACUAAGCGCUACUCCAACUCGUCCAUUUUCCUGGAGAACCGCGAUGUGCUAAGCGACCAGACCAGCGUUGGUCCGGACACGGCAGUGCAUCCGCCAUACGAUUACAGUACGCCGCCAAAGAUCGACUAUCGUCAUUCGGGCAUCGGGCACUCGGGCUGUUGCACUGCCGACUGCAUGGAUGGCCACCCAAUGCAGACCAGGAAGGCGGAGCUUCGUCGCUACUCGGAUCCAAAACUGAAGCCCAGCGAUGCAGAUACCGUGCUGGAUAUUGACUUGCCCACAUCGCCGCUAUCGCCACCUGCCGCCUAUGCCAGCAGCAACCAGCAGAAGCGGCCGCUGGCGCCGCCGCUCAUCAUCUCCUCCUCCUUUGACAGGGGCGUGAACAGGAGCCGGCAGGGACACUGCCCCUCGGACACUGCCCAGAUGGAUCGAUCGCGGCUCAGUUUCAAGUCGUUGCCAAAUCUCAGCAGCAGCUGCGAGAGUCUCAUCCAAAAGUGAUUGUCGAAUGUGGAUCCAGCUCAUCCUGUGCUCUCUCCCCCUGUAACCCUCUGCUCUCAAGUAUUCACCGCUGGUCGACGAACAGAUCCCUGAGAUCAUCCAAAGGAAAUACUAUUUUUUAUACCGCACACACACCAAUGGGGCUUUAAAAGCCAGACAGAUCGCGUGACCAGCGGCCAGCCCAAUCCUCUAAGUUCUUCUCGUUGUGUUUAACGUUUUCAUAUAGCAAAGAGCCCAUAAACAAUUUUUGAGACUGCAAUGAUUAAAAAAAAGGAAGGGAAAAACAAAGCAAAACACUUGACAGAGUGGAGUAUUGAUUAUUGUAUCGUUUAAAAUCAAGUAAGCAAGCAGUGUGUGUAUCUCUAGAUUUAGGCGCUAAACCAACUGAUGUAUAAUUUAUCUGCUAAUCGCAUCAUCAUCUAGCCUCCGAUGUCCAAUCCUCCCAUAUGUGUCCACACACCUGAGUUGUUGUCCAAGCCAAAAGAAAGCCUACAAAAAUUAACCAGAGACAGUAAUUAUUUAGUCCGCGUACGGGAUGUGUGUAUGUUUUGUUUUCUUAACUUCUAAGUCAAAUGAAAUUUUAAAAAAUUGAUCUGUGAUUAAGCGUCAUUGAAUAAACAUACAUAACAUACAUACAACAUAAAAAUGCAAGCAUUAACAUAUACAUAUAUAUUGACAGUCAGCCGCAGCAGUAGUAAAGAAACAAAAAAUUUUUACUUAAAUAACAAUAUAGAUAUGAAGAAGAAACCAACAACAGCAACAUGACAACCACUAAAAGCUUUUCGCUCCCCUGGGAGCUGAGAAAUAGGGAUUUAAUUCUUUAAAAAAAUCUCUAGCUGAAAAAAUAUAUAUGAAUGGAAGCCGUUUUUUAGACAUAGACACAUAGCAUAAAAACAGUAAAUACUUAUGAUCGCUACCAGAGUUACGAGCAUAAAAAUAAAAACCAAAUGAGAAACAAAAUUCAAAAAAAG